AUGCCACCGAAGACGGAACCAAGAAAAUGGAAGCCUCCCAAGGGCCCAAAAAAUACACCUCACAAAAACAAGAAUACCAUUGGUUUGGGAAGAAGCAUCAAGAAUUUCAAAAACCAGGAAAAUAAAGUGUACUAUCUGCCUGACGGAGAAAUGCGGUUCACCACAGACAAACAUGAAGAUGACUGGGUCAAACUACGUUCGGUCACACAAGAAAAUGCUCUUGAUGAAUUCUUGAAUACAGCAGCUUUGGCAGACAAAGACUUUUCUGCUGAGAGAUCUACAGGAAUCAAAAUUGUAAGUGUCAAUAAUCAGACUGUGGAUAGUGGCAACUACAAUCCUUAUUUGCUUACUACCGAGGAAGAAAUUAAAAAGUUUCAUGUUCAAAGAGAGCAUAUUUCCGAGUUGCGGGUGCCGAGACGUCCUAGAUGGGAUAAAUCGAUGACCAAGCAUGAGCUCGAAAGAUUGGAAAGCGAAGCUUUUCUUGAGUGGCGGCGUAACCUUGCCCUGUUGCAGCAAAAUCAUGAUCUAUUGCUUACGCCAUUCGAGAGAAAUAUCUUGGUUUGGAAACAACUGUGGAGAGUGGUAGAAAGGUCCGAUUUGGUUGUUCAGAUCGUGGAUGCAAGAAAUCCCCUGCUUUUCCGUUCUGAAGACCUGGAAAAUUACGUUAAGGAAACUAAUCCUUUAAAACGAAAUUUGUUGUUGGUCAACAAAGCUGAUCUACUAACUUAUGGCCAAAGGUUGGAGUGGGCUCGUUAUUUCAAAGCACAUAAUAUCAAGUACACAUUUUUCAGUGCAUACCUCGCAAACGAGGAUCUUCAGAGAGAAAAGGAAAAACUUGAGCAACGACAAAUAGAAAUAGAGCAGGAAAUUGAGGUUCGCGAUAAUGUGCUUUCUGAAGAAUUGGAUUCGGACCUGUCCGGUGAAUCCGAUUUGGAUGACGAAGAAAAACAAGAAAUGGAGACACUCAAACAAGAAUUGAAAUCGAUGGAGGAAAAAUUACAAGGAUACAGCUUACAAAACUCCACAGAGGCUGGAGAUGAGGAAGAUACAAACGAGAUGACACGAAUCAUAACGGUACAGGAGUUGGAAGAUCUGUGUCUCAGAGUUGCUCCGGAACCAUUGACUGAGCCGCCUGAAGGUCAACCUAGACGCCUUCAAAUUGGGUUAGUUGGGUACCCUAACGUAGGUAAGUCGUCGACUAUCAAUGCUUUGGUAGGCUCUAAACGAGUGUCGGUGUCUUCGACCCCCGGGAAAACAAAGCAUUUCCAAACGAUUUUGCUUUCUGACAAAGUAAUCCUAUGUGAUUGUCCAGGUUUAGUUUUCCCUAACUUUGCAUACACCAAUGCAGAUCUGGUUUGCAAUGGUAUACUUCCUAUAGAUCAACUUCGUGAGUACACAGGGCCUAUGCAGCUGGUUGCCAAACGAAUUCCGAAGUAUUUCCUAGAAGCUGUUUACGGUAUCACCAUUGACACCCUACCUAUUGAGGAGGGAGGAACGGGAAUACCAAAUGCUCAUGAGGUCCUGAAUGCUUUUGCCAGAGCGAGGGGAUUCAUGACGCAAGGAUAUGGUUCAGCUGAUGAAAGUCGCGCAGCAAGAUAUAUUCUUAAAGAUUAUGCCUCAGGGAAGCUCUUAUUUGUUGAGCCUCCCCCAAAUGAAGAUGGUUCGAGAAAGGACGAUGAAAGUUCACGAAAAUUCAAUGAAGGCUUAUACACUGUUUACAAUUUACCCGAGCAAAGAAGACAACAAAUCCUGAAUGCCAUGAAAGAUAAGAACAUUGAUUUCCAAGAUUUUAAUUUGGCCACAGAUUUGCACAAAUUAACGUUCUCUUCACACCUCUCUGCUAAUGAUGCAAUAACUGGAAACAAGCAUGCUCGUACUCAUGGCGGUAAGCAAGCUGCUUUGGUCAGCUCUGCUGCCGAACUCGACAAUGAAUUUUUCAAAAUGAAUGAGGUGAAAGGAAGUUUUCAGUCACCAUUUCACACCAAGGACGGAAGUCUCAGAGGUGAUAAGAAACACAACAAGGCUAACAAAAAAAAGGCUAAGAAACUUCGAAAAGCGACAGUCGCUGCGUAA